CCAAAGUACUGGGAUUACAGGUGUGAGCCACCAUGCCUGGCCUACUAUUCUGUAAUGUUAUGAACUAUGCACAGUAGCAUUACAUUAUCCCCAUUUUACAGGUCAGAUUUGUAGAGACUAAAAAAGGAUCAAGGAGGGCCUAAAGUGGGUAUUUGGAGUGGGCUUAGAGGGUAAGUAGGAUCUGGAUUUGGGGGAAAAGAGAGCAAAAUAAAGGAGGAGGGGAAAGACCAUCUAGCUGGACUCUAAGGCAAUUUGUAGAAUUAACAGAAACAAAGAUGCAAUCAUGUUCCACUUUGGGAAGAAAAUCAAGGAAUUUGUAAAACUUGAAUUAUGAGGUUCUCAGUAGCUGAGGGCAGACUUGAGUCAAGGAAAGCUGGUGGGGCCAGCCUUGUCUGACGUGAUCUCUUUAAAGCCAGGAACAAGAAUGACUGCAUGUUCCUUCAGGUGCAGCAAGCCUUGCUGAACUGCAGAUGGGCAGAUGAUGUCACAGUGCAAGAUCAUAACCUGUCCUAUGCUCCAUGAUAAGGAGAUCAGACUUUCUGAAUAUCAGUGAUUUCUAAAGUUCUAAGCCAGCUCCAUCAAAUUUCUUUUGUAGGCCUGCUGAAUAUUGUACACAGAAAACCAACCAGAUGCUAGGGCUAGUUAUGAAUUCUUGUUAUUCUUGUGUGUGAAGAAAUGGAUUAAUGUUUUCCCAACCUUUUCAGCAUGACCGAUAGAUUCCACUUCUGUCUGUAACUUGGCUGAGUCAUUCACAGAGGUUUUCAAAAAAUCUUUUUAAUAAAUAUGUUGUCAUGUUGGUUAAGGGCCUAGUCAUUGUUGUGGACGUUCAUACUUCCGCAGUGAUGUCAGUGAACAUAAUUUAACUUCUGUAAAACUGCUGUCUACCAACAGCCAGAAAUAGUUACAUUGGUCACUUUUAUACAAUAACCAUGCUGAAGGAAAAAAAUCACUCAGUUACAUAUGUGAUGGGAACACAAUAAGAUGCCUGAGUAUUUGGUUUAGGGAGUGAUAAAUUUUAUUUCUAGAAUCUUCCAUAGAUAAAUGUUUGUUACCCUUUUUAAAGGAUUGUGAUCUUUAGCCUUGCAAAUACCUAGUCAUGUGGACUGAGUAGUUAGUUAUACAGACUAAAGGAUAAUGAAUGCUCUUUUCAUUUGCCACAUUUUAUUCCCUAUGUACCCUCUUGUGUGAGGAUGGGCUUUUUUUUUUUUUUUUUUUUUUUCUUGAAAGAAAAAUCUCCAGCCAGUUAUUUUACUUUUAUAUUUCUGAAGAAGAAGCCUUUGUGUCUCAAACCCUGGCCAUGUGCUAUUCACUCUUUGCAAUUCAGGUAAUUAAUUCAGCAGUGACAUCAUCGGGAAUGUGUUCAUUUUUCCAUUUCACAUUCCUCUUUUCAGAAUCUCAUGGCUAACUCAUAUUAAGAACACAUUUUGAAAGACUCAGUUCUCAAAGACAUUGUGUGUUAAUUUAAACUUUAUCCACUUUAGCAGUGUAAGAGGGGGGUUUUAUUCCAGGGAAAGUUACCUGUCCACUGCAAUGAAGAAGAUCCAAAAUUUUCGGUAAUUUUGAUCCUGAUUCUGUCAGUUGGUUGAUCAAUUAUUACUUAUUGAGCACAAUGGAUCAAUUGAUAUUUACUGCACAGUGAAAGAUAGCAGUGGUAGGAAUGAAGGUUUGUAUCAUUGAAUCCUUAUGUUUUAUAAAGCCAAAAAUGUCAAACCCUUAAAUCUUUUCUGUUCUUCAUUCCAGCUAUAUUUUAUUAUUUAUUUUACUUUGACUGUUCAACUCUGUCUCUACCUCCAGCUGUUCUUGGCUUAUAACCCACACCAUGGAUAACUUAUUGGACUUUGCCUGAAAGGAGUCAUUAGUGACAUUGGAUAUUUGACCAUCUUGGCCACAGGUUUUUCAGAAUGAAUGGAAGAUCAUGCAGCAUGAGUCUCCACCGGACAUCGGGAACCCCACAGGGGCCUAGGAUGGUCAGUGGCCACCACAUUCCUGCCAUCCGAGCCCACUCCGGGACUCCUGGCCCCUCGCCCUGUGGCAGCACAUCAAGCCCCACUAUGGGAAGCCUUGCUAACAACCUCCAUCUCAAGAUGCCCUCAGGAGGAGGGAUGGCUCCUCAGAACAUCGUGGCUGAGAGCCCCAUUCAUCUGCCUGCCUUAAGCCCCAGGAGACAAAUGCUCACCAAUGGGAAGCUGCGAUUCCAGGUCACCCAGGCUGGAGGCAUGUCAGGGUCACAUACUUUAAAGCCAAAGCAGCAGGAGUUUGGAAGCCCUUUUCCUCCAAAUCCUGGGAAAGGGGCUCUUGGCUUUGGGCCUCAGUGCAAGUCCAUUGGAAAAGGCAGCUGCAACAAUCUAGUGGUCACCAGCAGUCCCAUGAUGGUUCAGCGACUGGGACCCAUUUCACCUCCAGCAAGCCAGGUCUCUACAGCAUGCAACCAGAUCAGUCCUAGCUUACAGAGGGCAAUGAAUGCAGCCAACCUGAAUAUACCUCCUUCAGAUACCAGGUCCCUUAUUUCGCGUGAGUCUUUGGCGUCCACGACUUUGAGUCUGACGGAAAGUCAGUCGGCCUCGAGCGUGAAGCAGGAGUGGUCUCACGGCUACAGGGCCCUCCCUUCGCUUUCCGCCAACCACAGCUCUCAGAAUGGCAUUGAUCUAGGGGACCUCCUUAGCCUUCCUCCCGGGACAUCCAUGUCCAGCAAUAGUGUCUCUAACUCAUUGCCAUCCUACCUUUUUGGCAUGGAAAAUAGCCACUCUCCUUACCCUAGUCCUCGGCACUCAUCCACCAGGUCCCACUCGGCCCGCUCUAAGAAGAGAGCACUGUCCCUGUCCCCGCUGUCGGAUGGCAUCGGGAUAGAUUUCAAUACCAUCAUCCGCACGUCGCCCACGUCCUUGGUGGCCUACAUCAACGGGUCGAGGGCUUCCCCGGCCAACAUGUCCCCGCAGCCAGAGGUCUACGGGCAUUUCCUGGGCGUGCGCGGCAGCUGCAUUCCCCAGCCGUGCCCGGUGCCCAGCAGCCAGAAGGGCGUGCUGGUGACCCCUGGAGGCCUGGCGCUGCCGGCCUACGGCGAGGACGGGGCCCUGGAGUACGAGCGCAUGCAACAGCUGGAGCACGGCGGCCUCCAGCCAGGCCUGGUCAACAACAUGGUGGUGCAGCACGGCCUGCCGGGUCCCGACAGCCAGCCGGCCGGCCUGUUCAAGACCGAACGCCUAGAGGAGUUCCCGGGCAGCGCCCUAGACCUGCCCCCCGCGCCUCCUCUCCCUCCUCUGCCGCCGCCCCAAGGUCCUCCACCCCCUUACCAUGCCCACCCGCACCUUCACCACCCGGAGCUCGGGCCCCACGCCCAGCAGCUGGCCUUGCCCCAGGCCGCCCUGGACGACGACGGGGAGAUGGACGACGUCGGGGGCAAGCAUUGCUGCCGGUGGAUCGACUGCAGCGCCCAGUACGACCAGCAGGAGGAGCUCGUGCGGCACAUCGAGAAGGUCCACAUCGACCAGCGCAAAGGGGAGGACUUCACUUGCUUCUGGGCCGGUUGCCCUCGAAGAUACAAGCCCUUCAACGCCCGCUAUAAACUGCUGAUCCACAUGAGAGUCCACUCCGGGGAGAAGCCCAACAAGUGUACGUUUGAAGGUUGCAAGAAGGCCUUUUCAAGGCUUGAAAAUCUCAAGAUCCACUUGCGGAGCCACACAGGCGAGAAGCCGUAUUUGUGCCAGCAUCCGGGUUGUCAGAAGGCCUUCAGUAACUCCAGCGACCGCGCCAAACACCAGCGGACGCAUCUGGACACUAAACCUUAUGCUUGUCAAAUUCCAGGAUGUACCAAACGCUACACAGACCCAAGUUCCCUAAGAAAGCAUGUGAAGGCACAUUCUUCCAAAGAUCAACAAGCAAGGAAAAAGUUGCGGUCCAGCACAGAGCUCCAUCCAGACCUGCUCACGGAUUGCCUCAGCGUGCAGCCCCUGCAGCCGGCCACUUCCCCUAGAGAUGCUGCUGCUGAAGGGACCGUGGGACGCUCCCCAGGACCUGGGCCUGACCUCUAUUCAGCUCCCAUUUUCUCCAGCAAUUAUUCAAGCCGAAGUGGAACAGCUGCUGGGGCCGUGCCACCCCCACAUCCUGUCAGUCACCCUUCUCCAGGACAUAAUGUACAGGGGAGCCCCCACAACCCCUCCUCCCAGUUACCUCCACUCACAGCUGUGGACGCAGGAGCUGAGAGGUUUGCACCUUCUGCUCCAUCUCCUCACCAUAUCAGCCCCCGGAGAGUUCCGGCUCCUUCUUCAAUACUGCAAAGAACCCAGCCUCCCCAUACCCAGCAGCCAUCAGGUUCACACCUGAAGUCCUAUCAGCCAGAAACAAACUCUUCUUUUCAACCAAAUGGUAUCCAUGUCCAUGGAUUUUAUGGGCAGCUGCAGACGUUCUGCCCCCCACAUUAUCCCGAUUCCCAGAGAACUGUGCCGCCUGUCAGCUCCUGCAGUGUGGUGCCUUCCUUUGAGGACUGCCUGGUCCCUACAUCCAUGGGCCAGUCCGGUUUUGAUGUUUUCCACAGAGCCUUCUCGACUCACUCGGGCAUUACAGUGUAUGAUUUACCUUCGAGUUCCUCGAGCCUUUUUGGGGAGUCUCUCCGCGGUGGGGCUGAAGACGCCACCUUCUUGCAGAUCAGCGCUGUGGACCGCUGUCCCAGCCAGCUCUCCUCUGUCUACACCGAAGGCUAAAAGCUCUCUUGGCCACUCCUGCACACCCAGGACCUUGAUGUUGCUUGCUACCUUUUGUUUUCGUACUCUCACAGACUGCAUGAGGAAGGAUGUCAGCCCAAUCAGCGGGACCUGCAGAGUUACUGAUGUUCUUUCGGAAGGCAGGACUGAAUGGCAGAGUUAGCUUUGCAGGAAUCAUUGCAGUUGCUCCUUUUUCUCUCUGGGUUUCCUGGACUAGGUGACCAGCAGGACUAUCUUUUCAAAGGGAAUUUAGAGCCUCACUCUACUGGAUACCUGUUACUUCCUGGCUGUCAACACUUAAAGGACACCAAUGAAAUGAUGUGCAUGUGAAAAUGUAGUAUGGGGAUGACCCUGUCUGAAAACUCCAAACAGGGAAAAAGACCUCAAUUACCAGAGGCAUAGUGACCUGCCUCACCUAAUCCUCACCCUCACUGCUCCUGAUACAAAGCCAGGCACAACAAGGGAAAUCCAUGUCCAAAGCAUAGUGUGGUCUCAACUCUUAGAAACUCCCUGGGUUUCCCUUUUCUCUUAGCCGCAUGCUAACCAGUUGCUUCUCGGUGUUUCUUCAGUAGCAGAGUAAGGUUUUAUAUGCCAGCAGCCUAUCUUUGUUUUUGCAUUUUAAAGACUUGUUAUUUAUACGUACUUUAAAAUGAAAAAAAAUAUGUAAAUAUCUGUUCUUUGGAUGGAAAUCAUUAUUAUUGUAAUCACCCCAGCUACAGACGUUUUGCACAGCUGUGGUUCCGCCUGGCCCCACCUCUGGCAUGUUAGUUUUGCAGUUAGCAAAGGCUACCUGAGGGAAAUGGAGUGGGCACCUCCCGCACCAACAAUCCUGUAGCUGGAACCUUCCUGGGUUGACUGUUUAGUGACUCCACCUCAAAGACUUUGUUCAAAGAAAAACACUGUUUGAUUGGUUUACCCAUUGCCUCCACUCUGGUGCUGUGCCCAGAGAAGUGCCAGAUGUGAGAACCGGGACAGACUGAGUCGUGUGCCGGCUUCCCUUGGAAAACCAAACCUAGUGAUGCUUGACUUCCAGUGCACAGAUUUUACUAACGUUUUUCAGGAUAUCCACUCAUCUGUCUGUCUCUUCCCUAUACUUCUCUCCACCCUCCUUUUGCAUCCCUCUUACCCUCUUCCUGACUGUCAUUCAGGUACCCCCCCAGCCGCCAUUGUCUGAUCAUCUUGGGAAGGAAGAGGUGACAGUUCUCGAAAAGUCUACAGAAAGGAGCAAUUCUUUUUCUGAGUUCCAGGUUUGAAGGCCUGGAAUUUUCCCAGAGCAUUUGGUUGAAAAUAUCAAGCCUAAAUAGGAAGUCAUUUUCUGUGACACCUCUUGCAGAUCCCAAGUCCUAGGGCAUCAGCUAUAAAAAUUGGCCAGUCCCAAAGAUACAGUAAGUUCUAACAUUCUGGUACAAUCAUAUUUCAAGUAUUUUUUCUCACUUUUUAAAAAUGUUUUUCUGAACAAAAGUGAAACAAUGCCAUUUGUCAAA